CAACAGCUGCGGCAACUGUAGCAAGCGUCGGUUCGGUUCGUUUUGCUCACAGUAUGCACAAACGCGCCUUCGUGAGGGGAUCGACGAGAGGGUGGUCUUGCAAAGGCUUCGUCGUCGCAUUGUCUAGUUUCUUUGCUCCCUUAUCUUGAACAAACCCCCCAGCAGCUGGACCAUAGCAUUUCUAUUAUCGACAAAUUUGCUACCACACUCGCGCUUGCUAUCCCAUAAUGAACCCAACGUUCGACCGCAAGCACGGCACCACCUCGGUUAUGGUUACCAAGCCAACCAAACAUGCCGUUUUGGGCGUUAGCUUCCACCGCCAAGCUGGACCAGUCGUUGCCGGUAUCAGCGAAGAUGGUCUACUGGUUGGGAGUGGGCUGGAAGCUGGAAUGCAAGUGAUACAGGUAAAUGGAAUGAACUGCUCGCAUUCUGCCGAGUUUUGCACCAUGCUCUUGCAGAACAUUGUGGGGGAUGUCACCAUUGUAGCUCUUGGCAAGGGAGGUUCAAUCAAGACCAUGGAUAAUUCAUCAUCGACGGAUACAAGAUCCUCGUCAGAAGGCCUGUCCGAGCCUGAUGAAGCACCCGAGGGUUGCCAAGCAGAAGAGGCACAAACCAACCAGAUUCAUGACAGCCGGCGCUCGGAAAGAAAGAGCCAAGGGCGGGCCACAGUCAGAUUUGAAAACGUGAAUACCGAACUGAAUCAAAAGCCAGAAAGUACACCCAAUACAGUGAAGUCUGAAUCGACCCCCGAAGGAAAGGAUGCAAGUACUCCCGUUGCUUCGAGGAGAGACGACGACAACCACAUUGCCCAUCGAGAGCCCUUUGUGGAACGACACAACAAUAACCAUAACAGCAGCAGCAGCAAGUGCAAGUCAACGAUUGUGUUGAGUUCCAAGGGAUUUGCCUACUACGGCCCCAACGAUAACAAGAAGGUCAAGAAGAUGUGCUGGCAAAACUUGGAGAAGCAAUGCAUCAAUGCAGCCCAUCGUCCCCGAGCCCUCCUCAAGUUGCUUCACAAAAAGGGCACAUCCUACCAGUUUGAAAUGGCCAAUCGAGACGAUCUGCGCGACAUUCGAAAGGAUAUUUACCACCACUUGUCGCAGCACCAUCAAAGAAGGCAAGCUGCUCCACAAGGAGGCGCCUGCUUUGAUGAUUCUUUUACGAGUUACGGAACGUACAACUAG